UCCCAGCGGAUCCGCCCUUCCAGCACUUUGCAGCCUGUUGCUGCCAAAGCAGCUGGCACUUUGAAUUCAUAAUCUGAUUUACUACCCUACCGGGUCCAAAGACCUGGCCUCGAGGCUCAGGUUUAGUCUCUUUUUCCAGUCAGCUGGUUUUCAGUAAAGAGAGAUCAUUCUAAAGCCAUGCGGAACAGUGACAAACUCUCAAGAACGUUUUUCUGUGGAAGCGCACACAUUUAAUUCCGCAGACCUUUUUGGAGCGACUUCGUUUAGUUUAGCCUUAUAUACACCACGUCGAACUGAAACAGUAUAUGACUUAGAAGUUUUAGUUGUUUAUGAGUUGGUGAAGUGCUGGAGAAAGUUGGUCACUGGACUCACCUGACUUUGCGCACCACACCCAGCCGGGGCAGACUCUCCGCGGCGGUCACGAUGGGCUCCCAGCUGUGGACACCUGGAGCUCUGCCUGCUUGGAAAGCCACGGUUUUCCUCUUCAACAUACUCUCAGCUGCUGUGGCUAAAAGACACGUCGUGUAUUGGAAUUCUACAAACACACGGUUAACAGCAGGAGAUCUAUCCAUCCAGGUGAAUCUCAACGACUACCUGGACAUCUACUGCCCCUACUACCCCGACAACGAGGCCCUGGGUCCUGUGCAGCCGGAGACACUGGCCCUCUACCUGGUGGGAGAGGAAUCUUUCCAGGGCUGUGUGGAGACAAUGGGGGCUAUCAAGAGAUGGGAGUGUAACAGCCCUUAUGAUCCGCUUGGACCAGUGCGCUUCUCUGAGAAGAUCCUAAGGUUCACACCCUUCUCGCUGGGGUUUGAAUUUCUGCCAGGGCAACACUACUACUACAGCUCUCUACCCACAGGUGAAGGCCCUCCUCUGCCAUGUAUGAAGUUGCGUGUCACUGUGUGCUGUGAGUCCACAUCAGAGGGUUCAAAACAAAUACAAGAAACUCGAAGUUGUGCUUGCUCACUGAGCACAGCUUCACCCCCAGCCCUCUUCAUCCUCAUCCUCCUCCUGUUCACUACCUGACUUCCUCGUCCAUCCUCGCCAAUGACCCCAUUUCUCCGUGGAAUCGGGAGUUAUUACUCAGACAUUCACGUACACAGUGUGAUCUACACUCGAGACAGUGAAUGACACAAUGCAAUCUAUGCUAAGCUAUUGCUGAUGACAACACAUUACCUUGUGGCUGUUUUACCAGUGAAAUUCCAGAAAGAAUCAUAGUGUCUUCUCCAAAAUGGGGCCACAGUGACUCAGGGAUUAACAUGCUGAAUCACAGUGAUUCAUUUCUGGUUAUUUUCUUCUCCCACCUGUUGUGUAAGUGGGAAUGCAGAAUAUUACAGCUCUGGGCUUAGUCAUAAGACUUGUACCCUACUCUUCUUCUGGCACAAGAACAAUGAGUCUGAGUGGACUUGUUCCAGCAAAAUUCUCUCACUUUUUCACCUCAGUUUAUCAUCCCGUUUCUUGUUUUCUACUUACUGUGUUGCAUUUACUUCUUUUUCAGAGCCUGCCUCCAGUUGAAAAGUGGCCAAAUAAAUAUACUACUGCAAUGAGUGACUCAGGUUGGAGGUCAAUCAGUUAGCUGUUUUCUUUCUGUCUGAUAUGCUGUGUAUGGGCUGUCAGCCGCCUCAUUUGCAUCAGAGUAUGAAAUGUGUUAAACUUUUAUAACUAAUUAGAUUUAAAGGCAUUUUAGGAGAAUAUGAAGAAUAUACUGGGAUAUUCAGGCAGGGCUGCUGCGCCCCCUACUGGGAUUAAACUGGUUUAACUGGAAUCAGACUGGUUUGGCCAUAAACCCAGAAACUGGACACUAGAUUCCGGUGGUGCAUGGUCAUAAUGGGAACUAGGACAGUUUGUCUUCUCUGGCUGUACCCCAUGCUGUUCUGAUCCACCAUCCCUCGCUUUGCUUCAAAAUAAAACCCAAAACAGAGGGGUUUAUGGGUAAACGGAGAGCAUCAUCUCAUCUUUCUUCACUGAACACACUGUGGACAAGUGCAUAGAAUUAUUAACUGGUGGUCCUGUUCACCUACCACGUGUGCUGAUGUGCACACAAGUUGUUUUUUUUUUAAUGCUUUUUUAUUUUUAUUUUUUUUACACAGGAUCCUUGAUUUUAGGUCUUACUGUAUAGUUAAUAUAUUCUGCACAGUGAGAUAUAUUAACUAUAUAAUCAAUGUCUUGGUAAGAAUAUUGCUAUUCUUAAUAUUUAAGUGCAAAGUCUGACAAAAAUUAAUUUUUUGAUUAACAAUGAUUUGCUGGGUACAUAGGGAUUUUCUGG